AUGUAUAUUUCGGUCAGCGACUUUAUAUGGUCGGAGAACGAAAAUGAAGUCUUCGUAUCCGUGCCUUUAAAAGGAAUAAGUCUUAAGGGUUGUGAUGUUUUCUGUUCAUCAAAAUACGUCAAGGUAUGUGUCAUUUUCUUGGUCGUAUUCGGUGUGCAACAUGCUCUAGCUUGUUGGCUCGUUUUAACACACAAAAACUUGCCGAUUGACAAGUUUGCGUGGGCUAAUACGUGGCAAUAACCCUAUAGGCGUGUAUCCAUAAAUGCACACUAACAGGAAUAUAGAUUUAUGAGUGCACUGAAGUUCCUUAGAUUUGGUUUAAUUCAGAUAAAAAAAUGGACAACCCAUUUUAUCUCUAUGUUUUCCAUUAUUUUGUGGUUUGCUUUCCGUAUUGCCUGUGUAGGUGGGCGAAUGGUUCUUGCUAAUUUUACGAAAAAAUGAGAGGAUUAUACAUGUUUUGCAUAAGACUUCCAACUGUUGUUUUUUAGGUAUGGAGGGCAGCCAGGCUUUGAAGUCUAAAAACUCAAAGUCUUAGUUUCUUUUAUUUUAUUGUUGAAAGAUAUCAUUGACGGAUUUUUUGGUACGUAUAUUGUUCCCCUUUUUCCGCUUGGGUUUGCCAUUUGGCAGUUUCUUAAAUAAAAUACCGCAUUUCAUCAUGAGGCCGCUCGAAUGCGGAACCCAUUAGUGUAUUCAGCUGUAGCAUGGCGAAACGAUAUUGACGGCGGUUGCGACGAGACAGUACAGUUGUGAAACUGAGCAAGACUUCUACGAAAUAGCUAAACGGAAGCUGUUUCGCUCACGAACAAGCACCAUCCGAUCAGCAACUUCUCGGAUUCCCGUAGCUACAAGAAACUUCACGUGCCGGACAGAAUUAACCCUCAUUCUGCUAUUAGCAGUUACGUUGAGGAUGAUGGAGUGUGACAUCUAAUGUCAAGGGGACUCGCGUAUUAUUAAAUAGACACGAGGUCGACGUGAAUUAAGACACUUCUGUAGCAUUAUUUACGCAGGAUCGGAGAAAGACUUGUCAGAUAUACUAUUUCAAAAGCUGAUAGUCCGUUAUGCGGAUAACAUCUGCCUAGUUGAUGUGCUUGCACACGACUUAUGCAGCUUUUGAGGAUUCAAGUGUUCAAGUCACCCAUUUCAUUGAAAAUCAUGCAAACAUCAAUACAAUUAAACUCUAAUUAUCAUUUCUCGAGAGUGAUGACAGUGCGCUUUUAAAGCCCUUCGAAGCAAGGUAGGCUCCGAGGACUGCAACCAUCACAUAUUAGAGGUAGUUGCGAUUUCUGAAUAUGCGCAAAGUCAGCCGACGGAAUGCAACUGUGUACAAGUGCUGCACAAUAAUAUUUUCCAAUUGCUAACAAGAAACUGGAAUUUUCGAACAUUUGCUCUGAGAUGAAACUGCUAUGCCCGCACACUACAUUACACCAGUCAUUUUUAAGAAUCAUUAUUUCAUGUAAAGCCUUGAGAACUGUAUUUAUAGGGAAUGAGGCUUUAUUCAUUUUAAACGACUACUGUUAAGUAAUUGAGGCUUACGAGCAACAGCUUUAAACGAGGCCCCUAAAGAAUUUCGCCCUAGACAGCCAUUUAAGCAAUAUCACAUUUCCGUUACGCGCGCAAAGAAUCAUAGACGUCAAAAGGCUUCUAAAACACAUGAAAGCUUUCGUCUAGACCACAAUUGGGAGGUGUGUCAAACAAUGAAUAAUUAUGUCAAAUACCUCACCGUGGCUGACAUUUCCGCCAGCAUCUAUCCUCUUACUUCAAAUUUUGAUUUAGUUUCGACUUUAGGCAUGUUGUCGUUUCGGAAAAACGUGUAAACUGAAGCUAUGUGUUUAAAAUAGUCAACGAAGAAGCAGAAGCUUUUGCGAAAGGCUCAUACUAUGCCUUUUGCUUGACGCUCAUCGGGCUAGGAUCCCAAAAACCUUUGUAAAGAGAAGCAAUAACCCGUUUAAAGUCGUUGGGAUGCUUUUUCUUGCAUGCUUGGCGCAGAAUGGGUCGCUUCACAGGCUCGCUGAAAUAGAAAUAACAUGAUUAAUGGAGCGUGAAUGCAAAAGGUCCAACCGAGAUACAAAAAAUGGCCUUGUAUUCCGACCAGCAAAACUGUCUAAGUUUUUGUUUAAAGAACCGCACAGACCGCAACCGGUAAACUACACAUUUCGACUUUCGCAUUAAAAACCUGAACCCACGAUUAAACUCUGACAAAGCGGUUUUUCGUUGACUUCUGUGCACAUUAUAGUUUCCUGACGAUCAGACAUAAAUUGCUCGUUUUUCUGCCUCCUAAAAUUUGACUCAACCAUUUUUUAGAGUGAGCACUGCCUACUUUACUCAAUCGAUUUUUCAAGUGUAUCAAACCUCUCCCGUAAGAGUUCGAACUCGUUAUGCCUAACAAAGGUUUUUGGAGAGUUUUAUUCACUAUACGCAUCCCAGAGGCGAUUUAUUUUGAACGCGUGCCGUGUUCACGAUAAAAAACCUUACACCGAAGUACGAAUAGAAUAAUAUUCAAAACAUCCAUAGCACGCCAUUAUUGAAGACUGCCUUUGAGUCGAAGGAAACUGAUCUUUCGUUGAAAGACGUAACCCUCAGAAGUUUAGUGCGCACAUGUUUUAGUUUCACGAACUCUGAAACUUGAGAUCUAGCAAAACAGACACCAAGAGGACGAAAAUACCAAAAAGGGUUCUACGUCUUUGAGUAAAAUCUCAUUCGUCCGACAAACGGUCAAAACAGAGACGAGAAUCUAUUUUAUGCGCCAGACGCUUCGUACUCACGGUACAGUGUCUCUAGAAAAUAUUUUUUUGCAGAACAGGGAGCUCUUGUUAUCGGGUCAUUCUCUGCUGGCUCAGCCGGCCAACCGACCGCAGGCGCUGUGGACUGACAGUUAUACAUCUGUUAACAGCCUGAAAGAAGGAGCUACGAUAAGGAAGCGAAUGACAGCAUAAAUCAUUGUCCGGCUUCAGGGCGAAACUUGCAUUGCCUCCGAAUUCUGCUUGGAGUUGUAACUAUGACAAAGUGUAACCGGAUUAAAGAAAGCUUAGGGAAACCGAAAAAGUUUGAAACCAGUCCGGAUGCAUUCACUAAACUAUCAAACUAAAAGUGAGGGAUCUCUAGUUACACGAAGGCAACAAUGCAUGUCGCACGGGUAGAUUCAAAUUCUAAAAGCACCUAGUACUUGUCCAUCCGAAAUGGCUGACCAAAUAAAACGGUAUAAGCAAAUUUAUGUUUACGAAAGUAUUUUUUGCCCACAUUUUCACACGUACACUCCAAUAAUAAGUAUUAUGUGAAAUCUGGCACAGAGUGGAGUGUGUAGUAUCCGCCCAUGCGUCUCAAAAGCUUUUUCGCCAAGUUGAUUUAGUUCUAUCAUUUCCGCAUUGUUGGAGAUAUAGUCGAUAAAAGUUGGGGAGUAUUUUGUUUGAUGUCGCUGUUGACAGGUUGGCCAUACCGUAAAACUUAUGUGCAGUUUUAGCCGGCGUUGAAAUCUAUUAAGUUUCAGACUGUCCACGAAGUGUCAGCGAACACUUUGCGAUUCUCGGUGUUCUCAGUCGAUUACCCAUUAAGAUGGGCUCUAUGUUAUGCACUUAUGAAAGCCCUUAAAAUAAGAUGUUCCUCGAAAGCAUUUACUGAAGUAGUGGUUGCUUCGACCUUCUUUUUUAUGUAGAUUACCGUUUGGGCUACAUUUAAGGUUGCAGACUGUAGUGAAGUGUUCAGUUGUGUGAAGGCCCAUCCUUAGUAGGCUAGUAUCAAUAACGCCUACCGACCUUUUUCUCUUGAUAUACUUAAAACAGCCGCAACUAUGCGGCUACAUUUUAGGUCACUCUGUCGUUGACAGAUGUCUGUAUUUGCCGCUGUCCACCUUGGGGCAGCAAAUUAUUUUUCGGGACAUAACAGAGUUACUUCAUUGAUGCUGUAAAGUCAGUCGCAGUGGACGCGGAGGGAUCUAAGGGCUCUAGACAAAUAUUAUUUCAAUGGGAAAGUUCGAAGUUGAAACUGGUCGCCAAAUACUUACCCACUUAACUUCCCGCCUAUGUCUGCUGUAGUGUGGAUGUGUGGUUCACUACUUCGCACACAUAUUCCUCUCAGUGGCGUUGUUCGAACGCCUGUAAACAGAUAUGGUUUAGUUUAAGUCUUUUAAGAGUGCUCAUUUACCACGGAGAAUGUUUCGAAGCAUAUGAAGCAGACGAUUUACGACACAUUAUGUUAAUUUAGGUGUUUUUAGAUUUUUGCUCGAAGGAGUUUGCAUUUGUAAGCUUUUUUAGUAUCAUGAACAAUCUAUUUGAAUAACAUCAUAUUUAUUCCCGUAUAAAUUCUGCUUAUGAAGUAUACAUGACAACAACAGAAAGGCUUCAUAAUUAUUCGGCGAUAUGCAAACUUUUUAAAACUAUCAGCUGUCAUUUCUCUUAAUAGAACGUUUUAAGGCGGACUUCUUAGCAAAAACAACGUGGGAAAGAUGGUCUUUGUGUAUGCUUUCUUCAAAAUACGUCUACAUUUGUAAAGGUGUUAAGAAUCCACGGAAAAACGUAUAAUACUUGAGGAUUUAUUUUCUGCGUGUGAUUGUUGCAGGAGACCAGAAAAACACGUGUUCACAGGUCGUCGUGCUGGUGUGGUUGAAAUAUUCUGGGAUUGUGCAGCACAAUACCCAAUUUUACAACCCCAUCUAGGUAUCCCUUCCUAACUGAUCUCAUAUUUCAGCAUUUCAGCCAACAUUUUAUGUGCUGCAUUGCCUACCGUAAUUUCCAACCGGUUAACCUAAUCUAUUCUACCCACCUCUUCUAGGUAACCUUCAAACCAUACCUUUUCGAGUGCGCGCUGGAAGGCAGUAUUAAUGUCGAAAAGAGUUCCAUUGUACUGGCAAAUGGCCUGGCAACAUGUACUCUGCAGAAAACCUCGCCGGGCCUUUGGAAGAGGCUAGAGACAGAGCUGAAAAGUCUGUUUGUCCCUAGUGUUGAAACUGUAUGUUCUAGAUGACAAGGCUGAAAUGACUAAAAUCCGCCAGGAGGCCAUUCAAGAGGCACAGGAGAGAGAAGCGCAACGUGUCAAGCAGAACAAGACUGAAAAACGAACGGGUGAGAAGGAGUCUCUGGGUGCGAUGAUGAAGGUACCCAAUGCAUGUCACUCCCCCUGUUAAGACCACCUAGAUUGAAGGUCAGGAGUUGAAACGAUUUGAAGCCAUAAAAAAGGCGAGCACGGAGUUGGCCAUGCAAGAAUUGGUGGCCAUUCAAGAGGAGAAGAAGAAGGCCGAGGAGGAGGUUGGUUAAAAUUGGCAAAUAAACUCGUUCUCGUUGACAGAAACGACGCCAGAUGGAGGAUGCUGUUAAAUUUGCCAAGGAACUUUACGGGAAAAAUCCUCAGCAAAUCCAUCAUCAGCCCAAACUCGCACAGGAAAUAUUUAAGGCUAAGGAAAAUGUGCCUGUUCGAGAGUGUAACACGAUAAGCAUCUCAUUUACGCCUCGAGUUUUUCCUACACCUCAGCGUGAAUCAAUGGUGGCGGAGGAAGAGACGGUAACUGCAAUUUCUGAUUUACUCUGGGUGCCGAGAUAAUUUUAUGCCUCUCUGCGAAAAAGUAAAACAUUUGUUGAAUUAGCACACUUUGACAGUUUUACUUCGAUUAUUCUUCAGUCUUGACCAAAUUGCCUUUUAUUGUGAAUACGCCCAAAAGCUGCCAAUAGAAGUGAUGAGACGAGUUCCAUAAACCAGUUGUGUAGAAGACUCGAUUGCUGGAAGGAGAGCUUUAUUCGCAUGACUUUUUGAACUUCUGCUCGAACCCAUCGAACCGGUGGUGGGUUCGGACAGGAGUCCGAAGCGUGAGGCGAAUAAUUCACUUCUGGCGAUCAAGCCUCCUUCUUCACUGUUUAGUGUUCACAAAAUGUUUGUGUCGUUUCUUGGAAGAGGCCUGACCGACUCCUUAGACGUUCCAGAUAGCUGCAAGUCUGCUUUUAUUUCUUUUGCUUAAAGCAAUGCUUUAUUCUGUCUGGUGGCUGGAAAAUCUGGCAAACCAUCGAAGAUAUCUGAGGCAAAAAGUGUGCGAAAACGCAUUUAAGAAUAUCGACGAGCAUUUAAUGAGAUAGGUCACUCACUGUAAGUCCAUGCAUACAGUGCGUGAACGAUCUCAUGAAAUGUUCGCUGAACUUCUGGAAUGCGUUUCCGAUUAGGAAGGAUUACUUAAGUGGGGUUGUUAUACUGAUUAUCAUGCAGCAUAACCCUAUAACAUUUUGGACUCGUCAGGGUGUCGGCUUUUGAAUGCACUUCUUCUUGACCUCCUGCAGAAACCACACUCAGUAAAAGAUGACCGCUUAAGUAGCAUGCAAUUUUCCUAUAGAUUUUCGAUGGUCUUAUAAAUUCAAAUAUAUUUCAUAAAGAACAUGCACAAAAAUAUGCCCUCUUUUGCUCAUUUGGUAGGAACUCCCAUUGUUUUCAUAUUUUAUGCCUAAAAAGCAUACAUUUCGGUUUUAAAAAAGUUUCCUAGUUCCCUAAGAAUUUCUAGCCCCAUCUGCCACUGCAUCAGCGUUUAGAAAUAUCGCUGUUCAAGGUGCCUACUUUCCGCGUAAGGAAAAUCAUAUAUUCCUCUAUGCCUUUCAGAAGAUACCACCUAGAGUUAAUGAAAUUUCGCAAUGGAUCCGCACUGUGUUGUACAUUUCAUGAGGAGCAUUAGUGAACGGACAUGUGCGGUCUUGCAUGCAUGGACAUGGCACGGUCUCAGAAGUCUCAUAAUUGGAAACUUUUCUGAAACCUAAAUAUACACUUUCUUAAGGCAUAAAAUAUGAAGACAAUGUGAUUUCCUACCAAAUGAGUAUAAGAAAGCAUACUUUUGUGCAUGUUCUUUAUAAAAUAUAUUUCCAUUUAUAAGACCGUCGAAAGUCAAUGUGAAAAAUGCAUGCUAAUUAAGUAGUCAUUUUUUACCGAGUGUGGUUUCUGCAGGAGGUCAGGAAGAAGUGCAUUCAAAAGCCGACACCCUGGCGAGUCCAAAAUGUUAUAGGGUUAUGCUGCAUGGUACUCAAUAUAACAAAACCACUUAAGUAAUCCUUUCUAAUCGGAAACGCAUUCCAGAAUUUCGGCCAACAUUUCAUGAGGUCGGUCACGCACUAUACGUUUUUGAGAGUGAACGCUGCUGUCUUCACAAAGUGCGCGGCUGGGUGUUCUCGCCUCUUGUUGUUUUUGGAAGAGGCUUGAAGGACUCCUUAGACGUUCCAGAUAGCUGUAAGUCAGCUUUUAUUUCUUUUGUUUAAAACAAUGCUUUAUUCUGUCUAGUGGCUGGCCAAUCAGGCAGAACAUCGAAGAUAUCUGAAGCAAAAAGUGUGCGAUGGUGGGGAUUUAUCGGAGGCGGAACAGGAUCCCCUGUGGCUACAAAAGAAAGCUAAGUAAGUCAGGCCUGGAGUCAGAAGACUGCGUGUUCGGAUCACGUCGGGGUCACCAAUGAUGUAAAGAAUAAUGUUCUCACGAACUAACGAGUUAUAUCUCACGAGACCCUAGCCUUAAACGCACCAAGUAAAACUGAGCAGUGAAUAAUAUAGAGAUUCUGAACGUUAAGUAACCUAACAACAGAGCGCGACAGCAAAGGCGGGUUGUUCAGGUGUGCUGUUUUUCGUCACAUUCAAACGAGCAAUCCGGGCAAAGAAAAUGGGACUAAAUUGUCAAAGGUAACCUAGUCCGGUACCACACCACAGGCCUACUUCAAAGCAGGCUUCUGGCGAUACGGCUGAAAAUAAGCCUUGAGUACUAUAUCAUUGCUAUGAAAUUUUACAUUAAGUAGCAAUGUGUACAGUGUCCCUUUGGCUUAUCUCACUAUCCCAUCCUAUCUCAUUGAAUACUAAAGAAAAUACUGAAACGUACUUUUGGUUAAGAAGGAUUGUUUAGGUGAUCCUGUAGUGUUGAUCGUCAUACAGCAUUGCCAUACGAUAUUUCACUCACGCCAGGGUGCACUUUUCACAUUGACUUCCUGUGGUCUUAUGAAUCCAAAUAUAUUUUAUAGAAAACGUGCAUAAAAUGGAGUUUCUUUUACUCGUUUAGGAGGGAAUCAAGUUGCCUCCACAUUGUAUACCCGAAGAAGGAGUAUAUUUAGAUUUGAGAAAAGUUUCCCAAUCCCCGAAUAAUUUUGAGCCUGAUCGGCCGUUACAUUAGCAUUUACCGAUUACAGUCUACAAGUUGUAUGCUUUCUGCGUAAAGAAAAUCACAUAUUUCUCUAUGCCUCCAGGAAGACGCUUUGUAGAGUUCAUAAAAUCUUGCAGUGGAUACGGACUAUGUUCUACAUUUUAUGAGGAGCAUUAGUAAACGGACAGGUACGAUGCUGUAUGAAUGGACAUUGCACAAUCUUAAAAAGUCACAUAAUGUGAAACUUUUUCAAAACCGAAAUAUAACCUUUCUUUGAGUACAAAAUGUGAAGACGUGAUUCUCUACCAAACGAGUAAGAGAAACCCCAUUUUAUGUAUAUUUUCUAUAAAAUAUGCCUGAAUUCAUAAGGCCAACGAAAGUCAGUGUGAAAACUGCAUGCAACUUAUGCAGUCGUUUUUUACCGAGUGUUGUUUUCUACAGAAGGUCGAUAAGAAGUACAUUCAAAAGCCGACAUCCUGGCGAGUCCGAAAUAUUAUAGGACUAUGCCGCAUGAUAAAUCCACCUAAAUAAUCCUUCCUAACCAACAACGCGUUUCAGAUUUUCAGCCAGCAUUUUAUGGGAUCGGUCGCACACUGUAUUUGCUUUCCUGAUUGGUUUGGAGGUAGUGGAGGAUUACUUCGUUAAUUUGUGGUCGGUCGAUUUGAUCGCCCUACCGCGACAAUUGAACAGGGAAUUAUAAAGGUGGUAUGCCAUAUUACUAAACAACAUGUCUGAGAGUAACGACUGAUUUUUGAAAUGUUUGAGGAGGUUGACGUCUGAGAUCCCAAUUAAUCUACCUUAGAAGAGUUCGGUAGUCCUGUUCUCGGCUCUACCUAAUGUUUACGUUUCUUCGGAACAGACAUGAUUUUUUGAGAGUUCGGGAACAUUUAUUGGAGAGCAAGAGAUUCUAGGGAUACCUGUGCAUAUUCUGCUUGAUAUCUGCGGCGCUGCAGUUUCUAGAGAUUCGACGUAAGCAUUUUAAGGCGUUUGAGCAUGACUUAGUUGUUGACGUACUAAGGCUGUUCGGAAGUGUCUCUCCUAAUGUCCGUCUGUGUGCAGCAUAAUCAAAUCUGCGUAGAGUUCAAUGAGACUUCUCGAGAAUUUUGAAUACAGACGGGUCAUUCACAGCCACUCAGAUUGUUUGUUCCAGGUUUUCACCUAUUGCAGUUUGGUUCAAGGACCUGAUUCCAAAGGUGGCAUGCAACCUUAUUUACAGGUGGUUAACAGUAACCAUGUCGCAGUUUUGUCCCCAGGCUUUAAGACAUUUUCUGCGACCGUUACCGUGCCAGGUCCCAGCCUCCCGCGCCCUGGUAGCAGUGUCGCUGCUGGUCCGCGACUGCUGAUUGGCCAGACCCGUGAGUCCGCUUAGUUCGCAGCUCACCUUCGCCGAAGGCUGUCCCACCAUCCGUCACCUGUGGUCGCGCCGGGUAACCGUCAGCUAAAAUAACAGGAACCCCUCUUCUCGGCCAGUCUUAUCCUACGGUUGUAAAUACUAAGUCGUGCGUUUAGAAGAUGAGCGGAGCUGGAAGUAGUUGUGCCCACCGCUGCUUGAGGGCCAUUCUCCGAAUGAAGUAAGCCGACUUCGUCUCAAAUGAGGCAGUCCGCACUUGCCGCGACACUAUCACGGUGAUAUCCAAGGUCAUCCAAGAAUGACGACUGAAGUGGUUUGGGCACGUUCUUCGUCGCCGUCCUCAUGAUCUCAGUACUGCUGGCCUCGAUCGGGUGCAGUUGUCUACCUGAAGGCAUCGAAGAGGGGUCAACUCAAAACCUGGUUCGAUGUAGUUGGUCAAGACGUGGAAGUGGCUCUUAGACCCGCGUUCUUCGGUCUCCGUCGCUGAAGAAGAAGAAAGUAGGUUGGACGGGCUAGAUCCGCUCUGGCAGACCGUCACGCGUGGAGAGGUGCAAUCUGGCAAGGUCAUCCUUGAUCACAGUCAUAAGAAGUACAAGUACAGUUAGUGACCUAACUCAUGAAAUGUGUGGACGUUUUCGAAUGAUUGCCAAUCACUCGCAAACCGACGCCAUUUCAUGAGUCCAAUGCCUAUGCUAGUUAAGUACAAGUUUAAAAAGACUAAAAGCAUAGAAUAAAUAUUACAGACAGUGUUGCGUUGCUUAGGGAUGCCGAUUUAUUUUGAAAAGCUUAAUAUCCCGAAAACGUCAGAAAUGAAUCUAAUUUAGUAAACUUAGUUUUUAGUUUUAUAGAAUGUGUUUUCAUACCAAAAACGUAGUAAUAAUGCAAUUAGAAAUAAAAUAACCUUUAAUAGUAGUGUUUUAGUGAAGUUUACAUGUAAAUAUCGUUUAAUUAUUAGUGUGAUUUCAUAUAUGACGGGUUGUCAACUGCCUACGUUCUGAGUGUAAAUUCUAAAACAGCUUUCCAGAUUUAUCCUUGAAUAUUUUGAGUUAAAUGGGAUGCGGUUUAACAAGAAAAACUAGAUUUUGCUUGAUUUCCCCGAUGAAAACGUCGUAGGACCCAAAGUUUUCAUAAAGUAACAUGCCAUGAGGCCGGUCGGUGCAUAAUCAAUUUAAAUAGAACUGACAGGCGUGAUCGUAAUCAUACCAUUUUGUGUUUAUAGAGAUAACUUUCUUCCGUUAAAUUAAUUUACACUUUUCGUUCGUUUUGGACUACGUUGAGAUUCAGAUCGACCUCGAAAGUUUGCUGAACACUUCAUGAUUUUCAGUGUUUUCACCCGAUCGUCCAUAAAGACAGAUUUUGAAUUAUCUAUCUGUUGAGAACUAAAAGGCAUUAACCGAAGUAGUGAGUGUUCGGCUGUCCCUUUUUACGAAGAUGGUCGUUUGGGUCACGUGUGAAGACUCAUUCAAACAUCAAACUUCAUUUUCGAGAAAAAUGGCUGUCCACAACAAAAGUCAGCAACGAACGUGCCUUCGAAUUAUAAGAAAACUGCUAAAUAAAUUGCCUCUUUAGGAAGUGCUUUAUUACUGCGCACCGUUGACGGAUCUCUGUGUACUUUGCACUUUUGCACGGCGAUACCAAGUAAAAAUUUGACACUUUUGGCCUUUCUUUCGCGUUCCUGAGAAAUACUAAUAUUGUUCUAUCGUAAACGUAAUAACAUGCCUUUCGCUAUACACUGAGGCCAUUUCCACUAUUUUUGCUCGCUUUUAGACUCCGUUCUUCGAUUAUGAAUGCGCGGCAGAGCGCCCAUAUAAAUACUGAUGUUUUGCUGAAGCUACUAAUGUUUUGCACGUUUGAUUUCAGCAUAAGUUAUGCACAGUAACUAAACUACACGACAAGUAGUGUUUCAUAUGCUCAAUCUGGAAAUGGACAUUCGAUAAUGGCCAUUUAUGCGACAUCAGGUAGAAUUUUCCAAACGCCAAAACAAUUUUAGGCCAUUUAAACGAAGGAAUUCCUAUCUGCGUUAUUACUCCACUGUAGGGCACCAAAUCGCACAGAUCUAGUAAUUUGACAUUGAGGAAUUGAUUAAACCUCUGGUUUUCUUAAAAUAACCUUUGUCUGCAAAUGUCUCUGAUGAUGGAUUCGAGUGAGAAUCCCGAACUUCAGGCCAAUAAAUUUCUUGUUCCAGUGAUCGCACCUUCAUCUUCUGAAUAACCGUUGUGUUAGAAGGUUGAUUACCACGGUUAACAUUGGACAUGAAAUAAAUUUUCUAGUUCGGCUAAAUCCGUUUAUUAAAACUCUCUCGAAUAAAUUACUAUCCUUUCAAUGAAAAAGUCGCUCAGAUGCGUAACCGGAGCCUAGGACAUGUAUUAGCUUAGGAAAUUGCACGAAUAUAUUCCAACGUCCAUUUUCGCUAAAAUUUACUGAUAGUUUACUUGAUAUAAUUACGUAAACACAAUUUCUGCUCAAAAUGAAGGACAUUUUAGUGAAGGAAGUAGAUGAGCGAACAAAUGCUCAAUGUUAAAUACGACCAGAAAUUUUCGCAUCAGUUUUCGUUAUCAGAUUUCAUGAGAUAGGUCACGUACUGUAAGUAAAAAUUGAAUCUACAAGAAGGACCAACUGAUUUACUUCCUCCCCCUGUUAAGUGAAUUUUUCGGGAAAUGAUAUUCCGACCGUCCCUUGUCCUUGUCGGUGUCCCUUCCGCAUGAGUACGUAGUUAGACAUAAAUAAAAUGAGAAAUUGCCUUGUCUCAUUCAGCCAUCUGUCGCAGCCAGGACCGCUCUGUUAAAAAUGAAAGUUAACAGAGACGAAACAACCUUAUUCAGUUAUUUGCGCUCUUUUAAAACAGUCCAAGGUCUGUGUGUUCAGUCCUACGGCAAAAGGCUAGGAUUUUUAAAUUUUAAAGCCAUAUAUGUGCUUGAUCAAGAACAGUGCCGUCGGUAUUGUGCCCAUAAACACUACAAAAACGAGAAGGAUUUUCUAUUUGUAUCGGCUAAAUUUUACGAUUUUAUGUUUUUCAGCAUGCUGUUCAAGGCUGGCGACUUUGACGCCGCUGCAUUCGCAUACUCCGAGGCAAUAAAGCGUGCGCCGAAGCUUCCCGCGUAUCCUUUUUUAUACGUGACUGCUUCUGUCCCGAGAAGUCAGUCGCAACAAUUCUGGCUUCAGCUUUUUUUCUGUUCAUCUGUAUAAGAUUUAGCGCGUUGGGCCCUGCAAAUGCUUCUUUUUUUCGGAAGAGUAGUCAGUAUAACUGAGCUGUACACAAAAAUUUCCGAGAUGCUGACCGGACCUGUAGGCAGGCUGACAUUUGCAAGCCUGCAUAAGUAGUUUAGUUUUCUUCGAAGGGCCUAACAGGGUCAGUCGUGGAGGCAUUUGUCUGGGUUAAUUUUGCCGGACAAGGAAGGCAACAUGCUCGUUUUUCAACAGUCCCUUAUCUACGAAAUAUGAGUUUGAAUCUACGCGUAGCCUGAUAUCUCCGAGUCUCUUAAGUACUCGUUUAUUUUAUAUAUAAUCCAGCAGUUUAUGGGCAUCAGUAUUCUGUUGCAUAUUAAAAUAGGGGAAGGAGGUAAAUUGUUCUCGGCAAACAUCCACAAAAGGUAACUUGAGGCCUUUUGGAAUAUCCAAAAACGUUGGUCGCAUUUCGGAAGACUGCUAGAUUUAUAAACAUUUUGAUAUGGACUUCUCCAUAGUUUCAGAUUUAAAAGUUCAGAAGACUGUUUUCUAUAAAAAGGGUUAUUGGAAAUAAAAAUUCAAAAUCCUUAUUAAAAAAAUUGAUUUUUCUACGAAGUUGCCGGACAGAAAUUCGCAGAAUUUCAACCGGAUCUUUUGAACAGUAAAGUAGGCUUGAGGUUGACCUCAAUAAUUCACUUGGGUCCUGUGUGAAUCACGCUGGCGAAAAAAUCACUACUUAUUUGGUGCGUAUUCUUGUCAUCGAUGCUAAAGUACUUGCAUAAAUUCAGACAUGCUUUCCAGCACGUGUGCAUUGAAAGUACAUUCUUGCACUUUUUGAAGAAAACAACACUUUCAAAUGUUUUGCCCUAAGAGCAAUAUUCAUUUCAAAAGAAGGCGUGUUAUUUUCAGUCUUUUUGAGACAACCGGAGGGUUGUUUGUUUAGUCUUCUACAUAGUAAGUACAUAGUCCAUAUUUAUAGUAACAUUUUACAGCGACAGAGGCUUUCCAAAAGCUUACCGGAAGUGCCUGGCAUGCAGUUUAGGGACUUUCAGAGUAAAUACGAAUUCGGUAAUUGCAUAAUAUACACGCGGUAGUAAACCUUGUAGGACCCAAAUAAUCUCUUUUGGAAUCAAACAUUGUAAAGGACGUAAUGUUAUAAAAUUAGUAGAGGAACAAAUGUUUCCUGCCUCUCUUGCGGAAAAAACACUUUGACUAGCCCAAACGUUGAAAAUACUUAGGAAAGUGAGCACUAUUUAUGUAUGGAUAUUUUACCUUAUGUUCACGCAGGUGGUUAGAAAAAGGUUUACCUGAAAACGAACAUACUGUCACAUACGAUUAGGCCUAAAGCUAUUUUUUUGUUAAUCAGCAUCGAGGUCGCCAUCAAGUAGUAUAUUUCAUCCAAAGGAUGUUUAGAAAUUUCUGGUUAUUUUGUACAAGGUUUUGCUGACUCCACAUACAGUAGGUGGUCUAACACGUGAAAUGUCCACCGAAAUUCCGAAAUGCGUCUUCGUUUUGAAAAGAUUAAUUAAGAAGAUUUGGAGAAAUAAUCCUCAAGCAGCAUAAUUCUAUAAUAAUUUAGUUACCCAGGAUGCCGGCUUUCGAACGAACUUCUUUUCGGCAGCAUGCAAAAGCCAUACUUUGUAAAAAAAUGACUACUUAAACAGCAUGCAUUUUUCUCAGUGAUUUUCGAUGCCCUUAAAAAGUCAAUUAUAUUUUGUGGAAAACAUGCGUAACAAUAUUUAUUCUUUUACUCAUUGGGUAGAAAAUUACAUUUUCCAAUUUUAUGCUCAAAAGAAGGGUAUAAUUCGGUUUCUAAAAACUUUUCCAAUUUCCGAUUAAUUUUGAACCCGCUCUGCCGUCACACUUGCAUUCAGGGUUUCCAAACUACAAACCACAUAUUUUCCGCGUACGGAAAAUCAUACGUUUCUCUAUGGUAUUGAGUGGACACCAUAUGGAGUUCAUAGAAUUUUGCAGUGGCUUUGAGCCAUGCUGUUGACUUUAGGAGCCACGUUGGUAAAUGCAGAGAUAUGAUGUUUUAUGAACGGCCAUUUCACGGUAUUUAAAAGUCCCACAAUUAGAAACUCUGUAAAAACCGAAUUAUACCCUUCGAGUAUAAAAUUUGAAGAAGACGUAAUUUUCUACCGAACGAGUAAAGGAAUAAAUAUUGUUAUGCAUGUUUUCCAUGAAAUGCAAUUGGAUAUUUAGGGGCAUCGAAAAUCAAUGAGAAAAUUGCUUGCUACUUCAGUAGUCAUUUUUACACAGUAUAGUUUCUGCAUGCAGCCGAAAAGAAGUUCAUUCUAAGGCCGGUAUCAUUGCGAAACUGAAUUAUUAUAGAAUUAUGCUGCUCGAUGAUUAGUUCUCUUAAUCUACUUAAUUAAUCUUUUCAAAGCGAAAACACAUUUCAAAAUUUCGGUUGACAUUUCAUGUGUUAGACCACCUACUGUAUAUGCAUGUUGGAAAAGAAUUGUUUUUUUCACGACUGACAGGCGGAAUGGACGGAGAAGAUUUUUCAUCAAAAUCCAUCAACUUGAGAUGUGUCAAUUAAUUUAGGUUCACGCUCCUGGCUUAUCUGUCAGGCCUGACGGACUCACGAGGGUCCUGUCAAUCAGUCGAAGCCAGCGCUGCGUGAGGUCAAGCAUGAAACAGUCUAAAAACAAUGCCAACAUUCUAGGGUCCGUCUCAGGGGAAAUUGGUCGGUCCAUUUCCUGCCUGCACGACACGCAUCUUCCCUUUUCGAGCAUUUCUUAAGACAGCAAAGUGUUUUUGGCUUUUCACAUGCGUCUAGGGUUUCCCAAUAGAAAGUUAAAGGCUUUCCAUGCUGUGAAAAAGCAUACUAUUCAGGUGGUCUUUGUUUGUGCGUAUGGUUUUACAGACGGCCGGACUAACGCGUAGUAGAUGUGUCAUGUCUUGAAAUGUUAACUGCAAUUCUGAAAUGUGUUUUUGAGUGGAAGGGAUUAUUAAAGUAGGGUUGUGAUACUGAUCAUCGCGUAGCAUAAUCAAAAUACAUGACAGCCACACGGCCUUUGCAAGAGCUUUUAUGACCGUUUGCAAAAAAAUACUUAAUGAGGAAGUGACCACUCAAGCCGCAUGACGUUUCUUAUUUAUUUUCGAUAGUUUUAUAAAUUUAGUUGUAUUUUACAGAAGACAUGUACCAAAUAUUCGUUCCUAUACUUAUUUGGUGGUACAUUAUGUGUUUCUCAAACUUUAAACUUGAAGAAGGCGUAUCUUACGGCUCUUAACAACUUUUCUAUCCCUCAAUAAUUAUGAACCUGUCCUGUCGUUGUACUUGCAUUCAGGGUUUUCUAACUACACUCUGCGAGAAAAAUCACGUAAUUGUGUGCCCUGAUAGAAAGACGCCAUAUGGAGCUCAUAAAUUGUGAAACGGAUGUGGACAGUUUUAUAUAAGUUAAAAGCAGUAUCAAUACAAAAUCGGAUACAAUGACUUGCAGAUAGACAUUUUACAUUGCUUCCUACUCAGCACUAGAACGAGUAUUUUUUGCACGUUUUCUUCAAAGUAUAUUUAAAUAUGUAAAGGCGUCUAAAAUCAGUAGGAGAGAUCCGUUUUACUUAGGUACUAAUUUUGUAAGGUUCGUAGGUUUUGCAAACGGCCGUAAGAGAUUUCAUUCAAAAGUCGGCAUCCUGAUGCGACCGAAAUAUCCUGUGACAACGCCGUACGAUAAUAAGUCUCGCGGCCCUGCUUAAGUACCCUUUUCUAAUCAAGGACACGUUUUGGAAUUCCAGCCCGGCUGAAAUAUCUUGAGAUUAGCCUGCGUGAUAAUCACUAUUGCAACCUAACCGAACAAAACUUUCUAACCGAAAUACAUUUUCAGAAAUUCGCUUAGAGUUCCACGGGACACGCCACCUACUGUACGUUUAUUUCAACUGACCAUAUUUUUUUGCAGAAGCAGUUGCACUAUUCUUCCCUAACUUGCCGCUCGCAAGACUGUAUUCGAACCGCGCAGCGUGUUACAUUAAAACACGGAACUUCUUCAAGGCCCUUGAGGACAGUUCUGCCGCACUGGAUCUUCUUCAGCCUCCGGUGCCGCAGAACCUUCGCGCGCGGGUGCGCGCCCAUGUUAGACGCGCGGUCGCCUUCUGUAAUCUCGAAAUGCUCAAAGAAGGUAAUGGCCUCUCCCCCCCACCCAGAAUGAGCACGUUUUCUGCCAAUAAAUUUGUCCCGACGCCCUGGCGACGGCGGUGGCGGGGACUGUUGUCUCUUUUUAAAGUCUGUUACUGGUCGAUUAUUUACUAUCCCCCUCCCCGUUACUACAUCCUGUAAAAAUGACUGCUUGCGUGGCAUGCAUUUUUCUCAUUGAUUUUCUAUGCCCUUAGAAAGUCAAUUGUAUUUUAUGGAAAACAUGAAUAUAAAUAUUCAUUCUUCUGCUCAUUCGGUAGAAACCUAAUUCUUCUUUCAAUUUGAUACUCGUAGGAAGGAUUUAAUUCGGUUUUAAAAAAACGUUUUCAAUUCCCGAAUAAUUUUUAACUCGACCUGCCGCUGCACUUGCAUUUAGGGUUUCCAAACUACAAGCCGUAUAUUUUCCGCGUGCAGAAAACCGUAAAUUUCUCUAUGCUAUUCAGAGGAGAUCAUAUGGGGUUCAUAGAAUUUAGCAGUGGAUUUAAGCUAUAUUGUAAGCUUUGAAAGCAACGCUAGUAAAUGCAGAGGCGUGACGUUUUAAGAAGGGCCUUUUAACGGUAUUAAAAAAUCUCACAAUUAGAAACUUUUUCAAAACCAAAUUAUACUCUUCCGUCGAGUAUAAAAUUGAAAGGAGACGUACUUUCCUACCGAAUGAGUAGAAGAAUGAAUAUUUUUAUGCAUGUUUUCCAUGAAAUAUAAUUGACGUUUUAAGGGCAUCGAAAGUCAAUUAGAAAACUUGCAUGCUGUUUAAGGAGUCAUUUUGUACAUAGUGUCGUUGCUGCAUGCAGCCAAGAAAAGUUCUUUCGAAAGCCGGCCUCUUGGGAUAGCUGAAUUGUGAUAGAGUUAUGCUGCACGAUGAUUGGUUUUACAACCCUACUCAAUUAGUCUUUUCGAAACGAAAACGCAUUUCGGAAUAUCGGUUGACAUUUCAUGAGUUAGCCCACCUACUGUAGGUACGCCUGCUGAUAUAUUCUCAAUUCAAUCAGUUGUCUUCUGUGGCUGCUCUUUUUAGGCAUUCAAGAAUACGAAGCCGCGGCCAAGCUCGACCCUUCCGAUGAGUCAAUUAGGCAGGACCUGGAAAAUUUGAGGGAGGCUUUCCUCAAACCACAGAAGACUAUCGCGACCAAAUAA